AUGCUUGUUUAUAAUGAUUCACCAUCACGAAAAUCAAAUGGAUUUUGUAUUGAUGAUAUUAUUAAAAAUAAUAACUCACCAAAAACUUCAAAUCGAUCAUUAUCUUAUACACCACCGAUUACAUGGCUACCACUACAAACAACAAGUAUUUAUCAAUUUCAACAUGAAUCAAUAUUUCAAUAUCUUCGACAUACAAAUCAAUUUCCUACUAACUCAGGAUCGAUGGCUACAUUUUUUCUUAAUUCAUAUCGUAAACCAAAACGUAAUCGUACAGCUUUUACACCAUCACAAUUAUUAAAAUUAGAAAAUGCAUUUGAAAAAAAUCAUUAUAUUGUUGGACAAGAACGUAAAGAAUUAGCAAAACAUCUUAAUUUACCUGAAGCUAGAGUUAAAGUAUGGUAUCAAAAUCGUCGUACAAAACAUAAACGUUUAAUAAAUGAAGAUGGUAAUAGUAUUAGUACAAAUGAAACUGAUCAUCAUAAUGAAUCUGAUAUAAUAAUUCAAAAUUCUAAUGAAGAGAAUUCUAAACAUUAUCAUUUAAAUCUCAAUCAUCGACAAAAAAAAUCUUAUUCAAAUUAA